AUGGCAACCGUGCUGCUCCUGCUGCACUGGCUAAGCAGUUCAACGGCACAUGCAGCCCCGUUUCUGCUGCAUCAACACUCGGUGCAUGCGCAAGUACGUUCUAUGCUCCCUGACGGUAUUCAUGAAGUUGCACCUGUCGGUGCAUCAUCUGGAGGGCCUUUGCUCUCUUUUCUUCUCUGCAGCGGCCAAACGAUUUCCAACAGACCCAACAGGACCGCUGGACCUCCUUGGCUCUGGGGGGCUCCUACCCUCACACUGCAGAGACUCUCCAGCAACACGCAGUUGUUUGCAUGCAGACCGCGGCCUAAGAAGGAGAAGGCACGAAGGAACUAUAGAAUUGCAAAGCAGCAAAAGCAAAUCCGGGAGGAGCGGCUAAUCCGCCGCCGCCAGCAGCUGGAGAUCUUCAAAGCCCGGCAACGCCUGCUAAUGGCUUCUGAGGGGAGAGAGGAGUUUAAGACCAACGAAGACAACAGCCAAACAGGGAACCAAAGCAAAAGCCUCUUCAGCUUAGAUGGUCCCCUUUUUGCGGCAGAGCAAACAACGGCAAAUAACAACAGCAACGCCGCUCAAGGGAUUGACUCCACCGCUGCCGCUCGCAUUAACUACCGACUUGUGGGGGGCACCUGGAGAAGAGCGCGUGGGCAGGGGAAGUACGUGAGAAUGUCGGGAGCCCAACUCGCAGCUGCUAUUUUCGAGGGGCUGCCUGAAGAAGAAGUCACCGCCGCAGUGGCAAGAGCAAAACGACAAGAUGAGGGUUUUAUGGACUUGGAAGCGUAUGACGAAUCCGGCACAGAGCACACCACUCUGGAGGGUCUCAACUGA